UGUUACCAGGAGUCCCUUGUUGAGCUGACGGUGAUGUCGAGCUUGUCUCUGUAGAGGAUCCACUUCUUUACCUUCCACUGUGAAUCACUGUCCGACAUGUUGACGUGUUUCUGUCCCUCAGACCAAUAAAAACCUCUGAGUUUGUAUCAAAGUUUUAAAUAUGAGUUAUCUCGCUGCUAACGUAAGCUACUCGGUGAGCUAGCGUUAGCCAGCUAGCGUUAGCUCCCUGUUGCCUGACAACGAAGAGGAAGCCAAACAAACUGGGGCUAGCUAGCACAGGCUAACUAGCUAGCUGGAUGAGAGUUGAGCUGAUCUCGGUGUCUCUUCAGUGUGGAUGCUGCCAAGCGGCUGGUGAAGAGGAGCACACAUGGCGGAAUACGGCCGGCGGGGAGAGGAAGAUGAGCGCGGCCCCGGAGCCGCUCACCAGGUGUUCGUGGUGAUGGAGUGUUUACUGGAGAAGCUGAAGGUGUUGAAUUAUGAGGAGGAAGUUCUGGCCAAACACAACAUGAAGAAUCUGACCAGACAUUAUUUUGUCUCCAGUCCGUAUCUGGAUUCCAACCCUGGCGAGCAGUUCUACAUGUUCACCAUCAUCGCAGCGUGGCUCAUCAAUGAGGCAGGGAGGCCGUUCACUGAGCCUCAGGAGUACGACGAACCCAACGCCACCGUGUCCAACAUCCUGGCAGAGCUCAGGGCUUUCGGUGUGAAGGUGGAUUUCCCGCCCUCCAAACUGAAAUCAGGUUCUGGCGAGUUUGUCUGCUUUGUGCUGGACCGGCUGGCGGAGGAGGCUCUGAGGAGGAAGGGAUUCUCCUUCAAAAAACCAACCUACCCGACAGAAGCCACAGAAGAAGAGUCUGUGAUGGAGGACGAUGCAGAGCUCACCCUCAGCAAAGUGGAGGAGAUGAUCGAGGAGCCUGAUGAUGAUGAGGAGAACAUGAUGGAUCUGGAGGCUCUGAAGUUACGGACGACUCACACUGAAGCGGAACUGUCCUCUAAACCGGACGAGAUUCUGGAGUCGACGGUUGAUGCAGCGGAGUGGAACCUAGAGGUGGAGAGAGUCCUGCCUCAGCUCAAAGUCACAGUCAGGACAGACAACAAGGACUGGAGGAUCCACGUGGACCAGAUGCAUCAACACAGAGACGGAAUCAAGUCUUCGCUCAAAGAGGCCAAGAGCUACCUGGACAAACUGCAGGAGGAUAUUGGUAAGACUCUGGAGAAAGUGAGCAGCAGAGAAAAGUACAUCAACAACCAGCUCGAAAAUCUGAUUCAGGAGUACCGCAGCGCUCAGGCCAAACUCAGCGAGGCCAAGGAGCAAUACCAGCAGGCCAGCGGAGGGGUGACAGAACGAACCAGAGCCCUGGCUGAGAUCAGCGAGGAACUGGAGAAGGUGAAGCAGGAGAUGGAGGAGAAAGGCAGCAGCAUGUCUGAUGGGGCUCCAGUGGUGAAGAUCAAGCAGAGUUUGACAAAGCUGAAGCAGGAGAUUGUUCAAAUGGAUGUGAGGAUCGGCGUCGUCCAGCACACGCUGCUGCAGGCCAAACUCAAAGAGAAGUCCAACAUGACGCGCGAUAUGCACGCCACCAACAUCCCCGAGCCCGCUGCCGGGCCCUUCACGUAGUCGUAGGCACCAGAAACUCACCUUAAAUCCUCUGUUACUAAUCCUAUGUUCAUAGUUUUCCUGUACUGACCAAGAAAAAACAGCAGGUUCUUACACUGAGAUGCUGGAAUCAUGAAAAUCUUUUAUAUUUAUGCUUAAAAAAUAUCUCGAUUGAUGAAUUAAUUGUUAAAAUUUGAUGAAUAAAUCGAUUAAAAAAAACUGCUACAA